CAACUACAAGUAGCUCGAAUUCUGUGAGGUCAUGACACUUCUUGAAUAAUUCAUUGUUAAAAAUUAUUAUCAUGUGAAUUGGUUCGAAUACGUCGAUUAAAUAUGUUCGGACUAGUAGAGUGUAAAGUUCUGUCCCAAAUAUCCUUGAGGAAUGAAAUGUUAUUGGCAGGAAUAUACACAGCUAUCAAUUUCAGUUGAUAUAACUAUGAAUUUUCUUUAAGAAAAACGAAGUAAUAUGGGAUACUUUCAAAAAGGAAGAAUAUUUUAACGCACACUAGAUCAAUUAAUUCUUUCAAUCGAAGAUUUUCUUCAGUCCUCCGCCAAAAUUAUGAAUGAUUCAAACUUCGAUUCACAAAAAGUGAAAAAUCACCUUCUUGGAUUUCCUGGUGGUGAGAUUACAAUAGAUUGGAACUAUGCUAAUGAAGGAAUUGCCAUAAUAUGGUUAAACCAUGUAGAAAAAAGAAACUCAAUCACUGGAAAGAUGAUGGUAGAUCUCUCGAACUGCAUUGACAAACUGGAGACUUGGACAGAAGGAAAAGCAGUGAUCAUAUGCGGCAAAGGUGUUAAUUUCUGCAGUGGAGGAGACCUGGAUUUCGUUAAAGAAAAUGCCAAUCCAACUAAAGCCUUUAAUAUGAGCUCUUGGAUGAUUUCGACCCUUAGUCGCUUAGGUGACUUGGAAAUGGUUACUGUGUGUGUUGCUCAUGGACCAACUUUAGGUGGGGGUGCAGAAAUAUCCACAUUCUGUGACUACAUGCUGGUUACUGAGAAUGUUAAAUUUGGAUUUAUACAGGGCUGUUUAAAUAUUAUAACAGCUUGGGGAGGAGGAACAAGAUUGAUACAAAAGCUUGGUGAACGUAGAGCUCUCACUCUCUUCUUAACAUCUAAAAUCUUGAGUGCUGAAGAAUGUGUCAGUUUUGGCCUGGCAGAAAAAGUCAUUUCUGCGCAAAACUUCCUAGAAGAUGCAUUGGACUGGUUGAAGGAAUAUGUUAAACACAACCAUCAGGUUAUAAGAUCCUUCAAAAGCCUUGUAAAUACUUCUAGAGGACUGGAUCACGAAACAUUAAAACGUGAAAGACAAUUAACUAGUGAACUUUGGGGCGCAACAGGACACAUAGCAAAAAUUAAUGAAUUUAGUAGGAAUAAAAAAUCAAAUUCGAGUAAAUGAAAUUUUAGUGUAAAUAGGGCAUAAUUUCCAAAACGAUUCAAUAGUUAGGAUAUGUAUCUACUUAUGGCGAACGUUUUUUGAAGAAUUUGUAACUGAUUAUUGUGAACUGUAUCAGCCUCUGCCUCAAUUGAGGUGGUUUCUGCUGAUGGCACUUCAUCGACUUACUACCUCUAGUUUAACCUUAGAGCUAAAACUAAUUGAAAAUAUAAAUAAAAUGCAUCCUUACCUC